AUGGUUAUUCUUUACGUUACAGACUGUGGAUUGAAUUUCUCAACCUUACCAUACGAACCAACUGGCGAUUGCAUCCUCCACGAAGUAAAAGUCGAUCUAUGGGGAAUCAUUAGCUCAAAAAUCUGCUGCCAAAAUGCUCUAUCCGUCUUUUCUCAAGCAUUAUCAAUUCGAAUCAAGAACAAUUCCAAUGAAAACGGAUCAGUUUUCCUUGAUGAAGAUCAAUGGAAGAAAUGCAAUCAACCUUUCAUUCAACCAUCUGUUUCAAUAUCUUCAUGUGGUUUUGAUAAUCUCUUCAAUGGAAGCUCAAAAUGCUCCUCUAAGUCCUUCUCUGCUUUUAAGCAACUCGGAGGGUAUAAGGAUGCAUUACAGAAAUGCUCUCAAGUUAAGGCAAACGUUUCAUUUGACGCAACUUGUGGAGAAUGUAAUGCCGCGAUUUCAGAUAUGAAGAAUGGUUUGUUGGAUGAUUUGAAUGUUGAUAAUAAUGGAGUUGAAAAAGCUGGAUGUGGAGUUGCUAUUGUUAUCUCGAUUGCUGUUGGUAGAUUGCUGAAUGAUGGUAAUUCAUCGAAUGAUGAUUUCUAUAGGUGUUUGUCUGCUUCAAAUCAGUUUGAUGCUGGUUAUAUCAAGAUCAAAUCUGCUUUGGCUAAAGAAGCAUUGGCAGUACUAAUAGCAAUAUGUGGAAUUGCGCUCAUCAUCUUGCUGAUCAAGUAUGUAACCAGAAGCAAGCGGAAAGAAACAAAGCCUUCUAAUGGUAAACAUAAAUCGGGUUGGUCUAGCUUUUAUCAAUUCUCUAAGGAGGAGAUUGAGAACGCGAUUGUCAAUGGAAAGGCGUGUCUUGGGCGUGGAAGCGCUGGGCAAGUGUUUAAAGGCAUUCUCCCUAGUGGUCAGAUUGUGGCAAUCAAGCAGAUAUACAGGUCCAAUGCGUCUGAUACCUUUGAACGCGAAGUGAAUGGUCUCAUGAGAGUCAAGCAUAAGAACCUCGUUAGCCUUGUUGGCUACUGCAUGGGAGAUAGUGAACAAUACUUAGUAUAUGAGUAUUGUUCGGCUGGAAAUCUUGCUCAACAUCUCCUUGGUAAAGACAAAAACUUAGACUGGGAAACAAGAGUACGGAUUCUAAGAGAUUGUGCAGUUGGUUUAAGAUUUCUCCACCAUCACACGGAUGGCUGCAUAGUCCACAGGGAUAUUAAGCUCACCAACAUCCUUCUGACAAAAGUCCAGAAAGACUUGGAGCCGAAGCUCUCUGAUUUCGGUUUAGCAAAAAUGUUGCAAAUUGAACACAGCAAAGUGUAUACAGAUGUAAGAGGAACGAUUGGUUAUAUGGAUCCAGAGUACAUGAGUAACGCCAAGCUCACAUGCGCGAGCGACGUUUACAGCUUCGGGAUUGUCACUCUUCAGCUCCUCUCUGGCCAACAAGUAAUUCAGCUUGAUCUUGCUGCCAGAGAUCAGUUAACAACAAAGGUAAUAGCUUGUUUGAUGUAG